AUGCUGAUCAAAGUCAAGACACUUACUGGCAAAGAGAUCGAGCUCGAUAUCGAUGUUGACGACAAGAUCGCCCGUAUAAAGGAGAAGGUCGAGGAGCAGUCCGGCGUGCCUCCACAGCAACAGCGUCUCAUUUUCGGUGGUCGUCAGAUGCCCGACGACAAGACGGCAAAGGACUUCAACAUCAACGCUGGCGCUGUGCUGCAUUUGGUCCUCGCCCUGCGCGGUGGCCAGUGA